CAUGAUAUUAAAACAAGAGUUUCUAUAAUAAACGGAAAAAAAUAAUUGUUUCAAUUGUCAUUAAAAUUUGUUACACGGGCGUUAGGAAAUCCAGAUGCGUGAUAUGGUUCAUUUUAUAUGACGAAUGUUUCUCUCGCGUUUGUAAAAUCCGAAUUUGUGUUAAUAUAAUAAAAACGUGAAAAUUUGAACAAUAUAGUGAAAGUAAAAUUGAUUAUUUUCAAACAAAUAAUCGAUAUAAAACCAUUGAUGGAAAUUCAUCAAAAACCAAGGAGUUCCAGAUAUUACAUAAAUAGAGAUACUAUUGUGCUAAUUUCUGUUUCGAAGUUGAUGAUAUCAGGCGUCGUCGUCGUCAUUUUUUGAUGAAAUAAAUGAUCUUAAGAAAAUAUGCAGUAACUGUGAUUAUUUGGACAAGGAAUUGGUGCAUUUAUUUAUUGGCAUCUCAUCAAGAUGACAUCCGCAAAGUCUAAAGAAAUAGCUGAUGAGUAUAUCUCAUCGCUGUCUGAUCUUACGAUUAACAGCAAGCCGCUUAUCAAUAUGCUUACUAUGCUGGCAGAGGAUAACGUUGAACAUGCACCUGCAAUCGUCCAAGCUGUUGAAAAUCAUCUUCAAAAGGUGAGGAGUGAUAUAAAGUUACCUGUACUUUACCUCAUCGAUUCGAUUGUGAAGAAUGUAAAUGGAACUUAUCUAAAUCUCUUUACUCAAAAUAUUGUCAAUACAUUUUGCGGAGUUUUUGAAAAGGUGGAUGAAAAUACUAGAGCUAGUAUGUGGAAGUUGCGACAGACAUGGAAUGAUGUAUUUCCUGCAAAGAAGUUGUUUUCAUUAGAUGUACGAGUACAAAGUAUUGAUCCUGCUUGGCCAAUCACUGCCUCACCUACAAGUAUAUCUUCAGGUUCCAUCCAUGUAAAUCCCCGUUUUUUGACUAUGCCUCAACAAACGGCAACUUCAAUAGUUCAACCAAUUGUAUCUCCAGUUAAAUUACCACCAGGUGAUCCAGUAACUGCUACUGAAGCUGUUAUGCGAGAACAAUUGUUAAAAAAGCAAAAAGAAUUGUUAGAAUUGCAAAAGAAAAAAAUAGAACUGGAAUUACUUCAGGCCAAAGCUAGUUUGGAACAACAACAGAGGCAACUUGACAAACAAGCUGGAAGUUUGAAAACAGAGAUAAUUGUGCCAUCAACGACUGUUAGCUCAACUACAGAAAAUACUACUCAAGGAAAACCUACAACAUCUGUUGUAUCAAAUCCAACCCCAAAACAGGUUACAAAACAGUUCCCAGCUGCAGCUGCAUCACUGUUGAAAAAUGCAGGCACAAAUAAUGGUCCACGAAUUGCACCAGCGAGUAGUAUAGCAAUAGCGUCUGCUAGGCCAAUGUCUCGUGAUCCUCGUUUGAAGACUGCAACCGUUCAGGAGGUGACAACCGCGGAUCCGCGACAACGACAGGGUACGACCGGCCAAAAGGAGAUCCGGGGUGGUGAAGGCCAAACUCAGUUAGCGCCAAAUAUAAACACUGUACUUUCAGACCAAUUAAAACAGCAAUUACUUUCGAAACAGGCUGUGACUAGCACUAUCAACAAGCCUCCGACAAAUCUUGCCGGCUCCGAUACACAAACGAUAAACGCUAGUAAUAAUAAUGCUAAUACGAACCUCAACAAUAAUAAUAAAAGUUUCAGUGGUAACGCAAAUAAAGAUGCUAUCUCGCAUCGCACAAGUCAAAAGAAAGACCCUCGAUCAUCGUCUAGUAAUAGUAGCAAUAACCCAAACAGUAAUUGCUCCAAAAGUGCCCAAAAUUUAUCAGUCAAUAGCAGUUCUUCGAAUUUGUCAGCAAGUAAUAGAGGAGGUGGAGGAAGUGACAUUAAAAUAAAAGACACGAAAAAUUUAAGUUCUCGAAGCUCUUCGUCGUCUACGAUUGAUAAAUCUUCCACGUCCUCUAAAUCUUCAUACAGGAAAAUAGGUAACAAAUCGCGUUCUAAGCAACCUUUAUCGUCCCCGAGUAAGGUUCCGAAAAUCGACAGAGAUUCCAGUCCAAUUAGGUCUAAAUCACGUGAAAAAGACAGUGGAGAUAGUUCACCAUCUUCACGUACCUCUCCUCAGUCCUCUUUCCAAACUUCGAAAAAUCGCAAGAAGAUUAAAUCGAGAAAGCGCAGUCCAAGUUCCCCAUAUAGAAUACCCCGUCGUAACGAUACAAAAUCGAAUUCAAGCUUAAGCAGUUCAGGUGGUGUUACUGAGGAGGAACAAUCUGGUUCAUUAAUAGUAUCUCCUCCUCAUCCACCUACAUUUAAAGAAAUCAGACCAAACGCUAGACAAAGAAAUUAUGUACGCCGAAAUAAGGAUGAUAGUCUUAGUCCAGAACGUUCACCUGUUAAUUCUGGGAACGUUCAAGUUCCUGCGGAACCAACACUGGAAUCGUCCAGUAAAGAUGAAGACCUCAGAGCUACGUUGCCCCUUCCUGGUACUAAUACAACCGUUGCUGAAAAGAAAGAAGAUUUAGAUCUUCGUGUCUUGCCACCAGUUAAUACGAGUAAAAGACAAAGUAAUGAACAUUUGGAUUCAACAGUAAUUAAAAAAUCAAAAGCUGAAAAGUUUGAUGCAUUAUUUGGAAACGAAGAUGUUGAUUUAAGAACAUUGACACAUCCUAAAGCUGGUCGACCACCAACACCACCACCACCAGUAAUUUCUGGAGAAAAUGGCAAAGAUAGUUGGGCUAAAUUAAAAACUCCAUCAAAGAAUGAAAGAGAAAAACAAGUGAAUAAUAAUGAUGACAAACGUGAUAAUAAAGAUCGUAAUAGAGAUAGACUAGGUCGCCUUAGACUUUACAAUAAAUUACCAGAUGACCCUAAAGACAGACGAAGAACAUUAAACAAUGACGAUCAAGAUACUCGGCCUGGUCGAAGAGGACGUGAAAAUGAUAAACCUGAAAGAAAUGAGGACCAUAAUAUUGAAAUAAUAAUGAAACAAGCUGCAGAACAACUUAAUCAGGGAUCAAUUACAAAAACGCAAUACAAUACGUUAAUUCAAGAAGUUUUACAUAUGAGUGAAGAUCGAAAAUUGAGAGCAGCACAGCGUAAAGAGAAAGAAGUAGGUUCUAUAGUAUGGGAAAAAGGAGUGACAUUAGAUAUUAAUACAAUUGAUCGUGGAGCUGCUUUUAGUCCAACGAAAGAUAAAGAAGUAAUAAGAAAUAAGGAUCAUCCUAUUCCUAGAAAUCCAAAUGGUCCACGAUGGCAAGGCCAGCCAUGGCAGCAACCAGGACCAUGGGCUCAUCCACCUGGUCCACCUUAUGGUGGUCCUCAAGCACACUUUAAUGCAGAUUUUAGACCUGUAGGGCCUUGGCAAAAUCCAAGACACUUUGGCCCAAUGAGACCAGACUAUCAGUAUCACGGUUAUAGCCACAAUAUGGCUCCCAAUCCUCGAUUAGGACCUGGUAUGAUGGGUCCAAUGGGUCCUAAUGGUCCUAUCAUGUCUAAUCUUUUACCAAAUGGACCAAUGGGUCCGAUGGGAAGUAUGGCAAAUCCUUCUUUGUCAUUACCAGGUAUAAAUGGGCCUGGAAUGAUGAUGAAUAAUGGACCAAUUUCAAGUCUAAUAUCAAAUCCAAAUAUACAAUCUCUAACUACUGCUCGAAAUGUUUCACCAAAUACUACAACAACAAAAUACGAUCUUGAAGAUGGUGGAGAUCAAAAUUAUAAUGCACUGCCGAAAAAUCAAUGUCCAUACAGUCGUGAAUUACCUCCACCAGACGCUCAAUUAUUGGAUGACAUUAGACGAGAUACUAUGAAAUCUAUAAAUAUAGAUAAUAUUCCAAGAGAAAUCAGAUAUUAUGGUCAAACUGGUGUAGUUUUCAUGAAUUGGGAUGAUCCAAGAGAAAUUGGAUUCCAGGACGGUGUAAGACGAAUUUUAAUAGAUGAUAAAGAUGUCAUUUGUGCAUUUAAUGAUCAAUAUAAAGAAUUUAUGUUUGAUGGCGAAGUUCAUAGAAUAAAAUUAGGUGCUCCGACAAGAGAAUUGUAUAUAGAUGAUCGUUGGUACGAAUGUUAUUUUGGUGGAAUGCCAAUAACUAUAGAGCUUGGUGGUAAACAAGUAAAAGUUAAACUAGAAGGUCCACCGCCACAAGUAAAGAUUGGUACAGUUAAAAGGACAGAUUUAGUAGUAGCUAAAAUUAAUCUCAUAAUUAAUGCUAGAAAUAUGGUACCUGUCUUUUUGGAUGCAAAACCACAAAUAUUUGAAAUUGAAGGCAAAGCUCAUACAUUAGAAUUCAUAGACGCCCUACAGACGGUACUUUUAAAUGGUCGUCCAUUUAAAGUUGAAUUUGGAGGAUUACCUAAGCCCGUUGUUGUAAGAGAUAAAAAACAUUUCAUAAGAUUUUCUGUUUUACCGAGAGGUAUUCGCGCUGGAUACGUUAAGAUAGCAGGAAUGAGAGGCGAAGAACCUAUCGAAGCACCAUCAACUCCCCCACCUUUGGUUAAUCAAAAAUCUAAAGUUGAUGCUACACCUGCUCCUACUCAAGCACCAUCUUUAGAACCCGAAUCUACGUCUCAAGAUGGUUCUGAUCUCAGAUCUACACCUAAACCAGAUUUACAAUUGGACAUUCUAUCAUCUGUUCUACCAUCUGCAAUGGCACCAUCAUCUGGUUUGUCUUAUCAAGCAGAACCAAUUGAAAAUCCACCUACGACAACUCCAGCUUUACCAUUGUCAUUAAAUAUGAACGAAUUAUUCCAGCGUUUAGUUGAGACUGGUAUUGUACCAAAUAUUUCAGAGAAAAAGAAAACUGAAGAAGAAGAGAAAAAGGAACCAGAAAUCACACCAGUUUCAUUCGAUAAACCAGAAACGCUUAAAAUAAAACAACCGGCAAUAGCUGCUGCUUUGUACAGUGGAAUGCAGUGUAGUUCGUGUGGGGCAAGGUUUGCACCUGAAUUAGCAACACGAUAUAGUCAUCAUUUAGAUUGGCAUUUUAGACAAAACAGGCGUGAAAGAGAUACUGCAAGGAAAGCACAUUCACGACCUUGGUAUUAUGAUGUUAGUGAUUGGAUACAAUUUGAAGAGAUUGAGGAUCUUGAAGAUAGAGCUCAAAGUUGGUUUGAAACUGAAAAACAAACAGCUGAAACAGAAGGUAUUUCUACUGAAGAUAUACCACAAGAAACUCAACAACCAAGUGUUCCUACUGGUUCUGAUGAAGAUUCUAGAUGUCAAGUUUGUCAUGACGCUUUUGAACAAUUUUACAAUGAAGAAAAGGAAGAAUGGCAUUUAAGGCCAGCUAUUAGUUACGAAGAGAAAAACUUCCAUCCACUUUGUCUUGAAGAUUUUAAGGAAAAAAGUCUUGUGAGAGCACUGGAAAAAACUGCAUUGGCACUUGAGGAAACAAUUGGAGAAAUGGAAGAUGAAAAGAAAAGUGCUAUAGAAGAAUCUGUUUUAGAAGAAUCUAUUUUAGACGAUGAUAUUCAAAUUCAAGAAUCAACGUUAGAAAAUAUUUUUGUUGAACAAUCAAUUGAAUCUAUUGAACCAGAAGACACAGUGAUAUCAGAAGAACCGAAAACUUCUGAACAAGAAAAUGUUGAUGAUUCAAUAGUAGGUUUAGAAAAUGUGGAAACUGAACAAAGUGAAGAAAUGAAUAAGGAAAUUAUUGAAAAUACGAAUAAUGAUAAAGUAAUUACGGAAGAAUCAGAAAACGUAGAUGUACAUUUGCAAAUGGAUGGAGAAAAAUCACCAAAUGAAGUAAUCGAAAGUAAUUCAGUAGAAAAUAAUUUGUUUGAAAAUAUUAAAAUCAAAGAGGAACCAUUAGAUGAAAUGGAAGAACAAGUUGAAGAACAAUUUGACUUUACUAAUGUAGAAGUUAAAGAAGAACCUGCAGAACUUGAACCAGAUCCAGAAGAGAGCAUAAUCAGUGAGCCAGCUACAGUAGACACAACUUACGCAGCUGUAAAAAGUUCUAUCGAUGGAAAUGUGGAAUUGGAUUCAACUCCAGCAACAUUACCAGCAGCCCCGUCUCGUAUAAAAAUAAAUAUUACGAAACCUUUAAAUACUGUGAAAGAACCUGAAGAACCAAAGGAAAAACAAAUUGUUGAACCACAAGUUGAAGAAAAUACAGAGCCUUUAGUGCCUGCUUCUAUUAAACCCUCUUUAAUUGGUAGAAAAUUGUCUACCUUACCUCCUGUAGAAAAAGGGCAAGAACUUUCUGGACUCUGUUGUAUAAUGUAAAUAGUAAUUGUAAAAUAUUUUACGUGAAUUUGUGCAAACGUGGGUGUUUGUGUGAUGAGAUAAGUAUGCGUUUGCGAAUAAGACAUUUAUUAGUUUAUUCAUAAAACUAUUUAAUGUUAAGUUUCGCGUUAUUGUAUAUCACCGUUUUUGUGAUUCGUACGACAUGAUGUUAAAUGUUCGUUCAAAAUAUUUAGAUAUUCUAUACUAACGUACAAUAAUGGCUAACAUCUUCAAAUGUUUAUUCAUGAUUUUUUUUUUCUUUCUUUCUUUCUUUCUUUCUUUCUUUUAUAUUUUCUCUUGCGUUUAACAUUUAUUAUUUUACGUUCAAAUCUUAAUACUAUGUGUAUUAAACACUCAUAAUUAUUUUUCAUUUAUUACUGUUGAUUAUAAAAUGAAAAGAAAACAAAAAAGAAGAAGAAGAAAAAACAUCACGUCGUAAGGAUUACGAUUACUUUGUAAAAUGUAUGCAAGUAUGAAUGUACCUGUGAAUAUUUGCUGUUAUAUGUUAAGUAUGAAAGGAAAUGGUAUUUGCAUGUGAAUGAUGCAAGUGGAUGAUAAUGAUUGAAAUGAAGUAAAUAAGGUGAUGUAGCAUUCCUACUAGUAUUUGAGUGCAAUCACAAUUCGUGACAUCUCGGAGAAUAAAAAAGAAAAAAAAAAAA